AUGUCGCAGUUUUCAGAGAUAGAUACACUUAUUGUCGAAAGAAAUGAAAUCGUAUUCUUAAAUGCAAGUGGUUUACACUCUGUUAUAAAACUAAUUUUAACUGCUAAUAACUUAUUUGAAAUUCCAAAUUUCUGUUCCGAUACAACAGGACAGUCUUUAGUGCCUAGGUUAUUUCUCCUAGAUCUGACAGAAAAUGCAAUUCGUAAAUUGCAUCCGACGUCCUUUAGGUGUCUUGAAAAUCUUCGACAACUUAUACUUGACAAAAACCGUCUAGCGGUGCUAGAAAAUGACAUUUUGUCGCGUCUUACAAGUUUGACUAUGCUUUCCAUAAGUUGGACACCACAUUUGUCAAUAAUUAAGAAAAGAGCGUUAAGGAGUCAUUCUUUGAAAGAAUUGAGAUUUGUUAACAAUCGAUUCCAUUUUGACAAGGAAAGGGAUAAAAAGAAUAGGUAUUUAUAUAACUCUAGUGAACUUUUCAACUACACACUUAGUCUGACAACACUAGAUUUAACAAAAAAUCGUCUGCCGAAGGAUCCUGUUAUAUUUCGGAAAAUAUUUCAUCCACUUAUGAAUUUAACUAAACUGAUUUUACAGGCAACCCAUAUCGCGAUAUUGCCAGAAAGAUUAUUUCAGCAAAUGCCACUUUUACAUUACCUUAAUCUAAAAGGUAAUAGAAUUACAACAUGGAAUCGAAGUGUGUUCGAAAAUCUAACGUCUUUGAGACUUUUAUAUUUAGACGGCAAUUACAUUCGAGUUAUAAAUGAAUCAUCAUUUCCUAUCCAGUUAUUGCAUUCGUUGACCAAAUUUGACAUAUCACAUAAUGACUUCUGGUGUACAUGCGCUCAGAAAUGGUUUGUUGAUUAUUGUCGGUCAUCAAACAUUUCUAAAAUACUGACAAAUAAUUGGCCAGAAUUCUACACGUGUGGAUACCCAGAGGACAAGAAAUAUCUUUUUCUCGUGGACUAUAAGCCAACAGACGCCGACUGUUCAACGUGGAGUCCGAUUUUAACAAUAAUAGUUGUAAUUGUUGUUUCACUUUUUGUCGUGACUGUGGUGUUAAUUCUAGUGUUAAACUGUCAAGUGAACAUUCGGAAUUUGAUUUAUCUGCUUAGAGUUAGUAGAUGGAAGAGAAAAGGAUAUAUCAGAUUAAAUUCCUCAGAAAACUUUGAAUACGAUGCUUUUAUUAUUUACUGUGAUUCAGAUAGGAAGUGGGUCCAUUCGGAACUCCUUAAACGCCUGGAGGAAAUUAACAUAAAAGUGUGCGUUCAUUAUCGAGAUUUUGAUGUUGGAGAAUCCAUCACAGACAACAUUACAAAUUAUGUAGGAAAAAGUUGGAAAGUCAUUGUUGUUAUGUCGAACAACUUUACAAAAAGUGAAUGGUGCCAAUGGGAACUAGACCUUGUACAAGAAAGAAGACGACGCCAUGGCAAAGAUGCGUUAGUUCUCAUAAUGCAGAGUGAAAUAGAUUCAAGUCACAUGACCAAUUCCAUCAGGUCCUUACUUGACACGACACCACAUGUGCAGUAUCAACAAGGGUUGGGAGAAGAUCUGUUUUGGUCUGUGAUAACAAAAGCUGUCAUGAAACCAUUCAAGGAUUCCCCAACAGCUAUUCUCUAGAGUCAACAAUCGUAUGCAGGUCUGCAUACACUCAUCAAUGCUGUCGGGAUUUAAAUUUGGUUCACAGCUGUGCGUUUCUUCUACAUAAGACCCAUAAAUGUUGAACAAAUCAAAUCAGUUACAAGGUCAACCCAGAUACGAAACGAAGAAUUAAAAUCAAACUUGUGUUAAAUACGACAAAGCUGUAUAUGCCUGGGGUAGUAAAACCCAUACUCGAAAACUGUUCAUGUUCAGCAACUGUCUUAAGAACUAAUUUUGU